AUGACUGCCAAUCAGACUGAUCCCUCAGCAACCGAAGAAGUAAACUCAUUGACACUACGGGGAGCCAAACUACGACGAGAUCAUCAAUUCAAUGAAGCACUCAUAGUCCUAAACAAAGCGCUAGAACUAGACCCGAAUCAUGCACCCGCGAUUCAGCUUCGCGCCGAAGUGUAUCGAAAGCAAGGAAACUACUUGGCAUCCCUAGCAGAAUUUACCAGAUUUCUAAAAUUAAAACCAAACAAUAUUUCCGCAUUAGCAUAUCGCGGGGAAGUCUAUCGAAUGUUGAAUCGUGAUCAAGAGGCAUUGAAUGACUUGACGAUCGUGCUACGUGCCGAACCAAAUAACGCGUUCGCAUUACGAGGACGCGGAGAAAUCUAUCGAAUGAUGAAUCGAUAUCAGGAAGCGUUGGUUGAUUUGAAUCAGUCGGUGCUUGUGGAACCGAAUAACGCAUUUGCUCUUCGUGGUCGUGGAACUGUUUAUCAAAAGUUAGGGCGAUAUCAGGAUUCAGCCGAUGAUCUCUCCAGAUCACUGGAGAUUGAACCGGAUAGUGCAUUCGCAUUACGACGUCUUGGAGAAAUCAAUGUGAAACUUUGUAGAUACGAGGAAGCGUUGCGACAUCUAAACAAGUCGAUUGAACUACGGCCGGAUAGUCUUAGUGCAUAUGAAACUCGUGCUGGUGUCUACAAGAAACUAGGCAGGAUUGAAGAGGCGUUGGCCGAUCUGGAAUUUGUGUUGCAUCGAAAUCCCGAUAACCUAUCCGCACUGAAAGAACGUAGCGAGAUUUAUCGCACGAAAAUUCGAAACGAGGAUGCCUUGGUGGAUUUGAACAAAGUUUUACUGGCGAAACCGAAUGAUGCUUACUUUUUACGUGAUCGUGGUGAGGUCUAUUGUCGAUUAGGAAGAUACAAUGAGGCAUUAGCCGAUUUAAAUAAUGCAUUGCGUCAGCGACCUAAAAGUGGGACUGCAUUAGAAAAUCGCGCUGGCGUUCUGCAUCACCUUGGGAGAUAUCAAGAGGCGUUAGCUGAUCUUGACAAAGUAAUUCAAUUAAGACAUAGUAGCUCCGCUUUAAAUUUACGAGCAGAAAUCUAUGCUUUACUAUCACGAUAUGACGAAGCCCUCGAAGAUCUAAACAAAGUAUUAGCACGACGUCCAAAAAACGCAGCAGCAUUGAAAAUCCGCAGUGGGAUCUACAAAACACAACACCGAUACGCCGAAGCGCUCACAGAUCUCAAUCGCCGUAUAUGUCUCGAACCUCGCGACAUCUCAGCAUUGUGUGAUCGAGCAUUAGUCUAUCAGAAAUUAUUACGUUACGAUGAAGCACUGGUUGACUUAAACGUCGUGUUGAAACUAGACACAGAAAAUGUCGUGGCACUUGCGCUUCGUGGACAAGUGUACCAUGCAUUAAUGCGGUUUACGGAUUCGAUGGUGGAUUUGGAAAAGGUUUUCGAGUUGGAGGGUCAAUAUCCCUUGGAGCAAUCCUAUGAUGAGCUAGAAUUUAAUCGAUUUGUCGAUAGUAUCUAUAAGAAUUCUUUGAGUUGGCGGUAA